AUGGAAAAGCAUUUAGAAUAUCUCAAUUAGCUUGAUAAAAAUGAAAUCGAUAAUUUUAAGAGGACUUAUAUGCACAACUUAGUUACGAUGAAAUGGCUAAAAAUUAGGUAUUUAGAUAAAGCUAAAAAACAAUACCUCUUCUUUCCUGAUGAGCUACAUAAACAUUACGAAAUAAAUGAACUUUUCAGAGGUUUUGAUGCAGAUCAUUCGGAAGGUAUUGACAUCCAAGAACUUAUUAAUAUGUUCAAAGAUAAUAAAAUAAAUCUUGAUAGGUAGGAUGUUGAUUCUAUCUUUAAAAUUAUAGACUUUAAUGGAGAUCAUACACUAAAUCUUAGUGAGUUUAAAUAGAGUGUUUUUAGUGAUGAAAUUAAUUCCUAAUUUGCUAAAGUAAUGAGAGAGUUGAGAGAAAAAAUUGAUAAGAAAGAAGAGUCAGAGAGGAAGAAGAAAGAAGCAAAUUAUUUAUCGUAAUUAGGUUUAGGCGAGAGUGUAUCGACAUAGGAGAUAAAAUCUCAAAGAUAACUCGAGUAGAAUAACAAACUCUAAAAGAAGCUUACAAGGAUUUUUAUAAGAUAACCUUCCUUAACAAAUAACUAGUUUGGUAGCAAUAGCAGUAACAAUAAUUAAAAAGAGCAGAUUUCCUCAAGAUCAAAUAAUGAGAAAAAUUAAUCGGAGAAUAAAUUAGAAAAAAAAGAUGGAGAGGAAUUAGAAGAUAAAGUUUAAAGAGUUGUGCCCACUACAUUUUCAUCUAUGGUGGAAUUUUUUAGUUAUAAUUUUUAAAGAAAAGAAAUGAUUAAAAAGUGUAAAUAACUCCAUUCAACUUAGGUAGGCUAGAAACUAAACGAAUUGUCAAACUUACUUACACUUAAUUCCAAAUACUCAGAGCAUACAAUUUAAAAGAUACAAAAAUUUACUAACAAAAAUCGCUUCCACUCCUUCAAUCUCUUAAGUGAUAUUGAAAAUGAGCACAACGACAGACUCAGUGAUGAUUAAACUGAAACUGGAAAAGAUAAGCAAUUGGAUAAAAAUAACUCUUCGCAAACUAAUUAAGAGAAGAGUUUUAGAAAAACGAUUUCUUAUAGCCUUAGUCCUAAUAAAUAUCAAAAUAAUGACCAGUAAAUUUAAAGCAUCCCAGAAAUAGACAGUUUUGAAAAAUCGAGUGUAAAAAAUAAAAAUAAAAAUGAAGAAUUCCAGAUAUCUUAGAUCAUAAGCUCUCCUCAGUUAACUUCUGAAGCCCUAAAAUCAUCUCACAGACUGAAUGUUUCCUAAAAUGCCUGUCAAUCAAAAUAAACUAUUAAGAAAAAACAUUUGAGCAGUGAUAUAUCUCAUUCAACUCAAGAUAAAACAAACAUUUAAUCCUAGUAAUAGCUUAAUAUCGCUUCAUUAAAUUUCUUAUCUUCAGUAAAUUAAUAACUACCUCAUGAACAGCCGCAUAUAUAAAUUACGUAAUUUACACCUCAAAACAUAUAAAAGUUAAAUUUUAAUAAAACUAAUCUGAAGUUGAAAUUAAAUAACUCAAGUUUAUAUUAAUAACAACCCAAUCAGUAAGAUUAGUAAAAUAAAACUGUAAACUCUAGUCGAAAUAGCCCUGCAAAGCGCCAACUUAACAAAUUAUAAAAAAUAAUAAAUGAAUAAGAGUAAAUGAAAUUAGCAUCAAUUCAAAAAUUUAUUCAAAAUAAACCUAGUAGAAAACAAUCAUAGACCAGCUAUGGUUUAAAAAGAAUAUAAAUAUAUAAACCUCAAAAUUUCAAUAUAAACAAUAAUAAAAAUAAACAAAGUGAUCAUAGCAGUACCUAAAUGUAAAAUAGUAUGAUAAAUUCAUAGAUUGAGGACUAUUAUAAUGACACUCACCUAUUAAAUGGAUCGAUUAACGAAAAUAGUAAUAAAUUAUAUUUAUAUAAUAAUCCUUUUAGUAAAAAGAAGAGAUCAAGUCAUUAUAUGAGCUAAACAAUUACUUCAAGCAAGCAAAAUUACUAUAACUCUCUAUAAAAUUCUCCUAGAAUGAAUUAAAACUCUAAAUUCGGAAGCUAAAAGCCAUCUUAAUCUGAAACUCAAGCAACAUCUUAGGUAUCUCUUCUUGAUGAGGGAGUAUAAAAUGAUAAGAAAAUUUAGAAACAACAGUUUAUGUUCAACUAAGGUAACAAAAUCUAAAUAAGGAGUAAAUAAAAAUAAAAUUCUGAUAUCUAAUUCCUUAAUUAACCAUAAAAAAAUGAAAGUUUACCUUAUAAUUUAAUUCUAAAAUAAAGAAACGCUUCUCUUCCUCAUUUUGUUUAAAAUGCUCCAAUAAUUUAGCAAAAUAGAAGUUCAUAAAAUAUUAGUAGUUCUUAAUUAAAGAAUUUGCUCCUAUUUGACAAAAAGGAAUAACAUUUAAAUAAUGAAGGAUAUAUUAAGAGAGAUCAAUAAAAUGAUUAAAAUUUGUCUAAUACAAAUAAUUAUUUCUAAAAUAAGCAAAUAUAUUUUUCAAAGUUAAAAUAAGAUAAAGAGGAUACAAUACAAGGAACAGAAUAGAGUAAAUAAGGAGAAAAAAUGAGAAGAUAGUAAUUAUAUUAUUAAUAGUUACAAAAUAUUAAAUUACCUAAUUAGAAUUACAAUUUAAAUCUAGGAAUAAACAAUUUUUAUCAAAAUUAUAAAAAAAAGAUGGAUUCUACAACCAUGUUUAAAAGUACAAAUGGUUAGACCACUACACCAUCAACAAUAAAUGAAAGCCUGAUGGCUACCUUGAAUAAUUUUAAUUGCCUAUAGAAGAAUAUAAAUAGUAAUUAAUAAGAAUAAAAUUGA